AUGGAGCCGAAAAUGGUCAAAGUGCGGGUCCAGAAAGAGGCCAAAAAUUCAAAGAGCCACUUGAAAGCCCGAACGGAUUAUUUGCAGCAGGCCGCGACAUAUCUCCAAAAUGUCUACCUACAAGGCAGAACUGCUACAGGGACUAAGUCAACAGAUCUCGAAACAGCACUGGGCAACGAGGAAACCUCGGAGCAGCCAGCGCCCCAGGCCACUUCUCCAAAAAAGGAUGUGAGCAUGAGCAUGAGCUCGGGCCCUGCCACUCAAAGGACCAUGAAGAAACCUUUGGCCAACCUCUCCAGAAUGUGUAUCUCUCAUAUGCGUGGUGUGUCUUUGAAAACACAGACCCGGCUCCCGGUAACAGUGAAGAGAUCUUUCUGCAAGCGUUGCGACACGCUUCUCCUCCCGGGAGUCAACUGCCUGCAGGAGGUCCGGAAUGACAGCCGUGGACGCAAGAAGCCGUGGGCCGACGUGCGGGUGCUGCGCUGCUUAGUUUGCGACACCGAGAAGCGCUUUCCGCAGACGGAGAAGCGUAGCGAGAAGCUAUCUGAACGCCGCAAGAAGCUAUUAGAACAUCGCAAUCAGCUGGAGCAGCUGAAACUACAAGCGCAUCAAGGCCUGACUGGUACAUCUUGA